GGACUUGCAACCCUGGUUUCGAAUCCUACCCCUGCCGUUUGCUGGUUCUGACCUCUGCAUCCACCUGCUGUUUUGCCACCUGAGUACCCUGACUGUGCCACCCUGUCGGCCAUGGAGAAUGAGCUGCCAGUCCCGCAUACGUCCAGCAGUGCCAGUGUCACCAGCAGUGCUUGUGGGGCCAAUAGCAGCAGUGGCUGCAGCAAUAGCAGUAGUGGUGGCAGUGGCCGCCCUACUGGGCCCCCGAUUUCUGUGUACAGUGGUAUUCCUGACCGGCAGACUGUGCAGGUGAUCCAGCAGGCCCUGCACAGGCAGCCCAGCACAGCAGCUCAGUAUCUGCAGCAGAUGUAUGCCGCACAGCAGCAGCACCUCAUGCUGCAGACAGCAGCCCUGCAGCAACAGCACCUCAGCAGCACACAGCUCCAGAGCCUGGCAGCUGUGCAGCAGGCAAGCCUGGUGGCCAACAGACAAGGGAGCACUUCUGGCAGCAGUGUGUCUGCACAGACCCCAGCCCAGGCGUCUUCGAUCAAUCUGGCAGCCUCCCCAGCAGCAGCCCAGCUCAUCAACCGGGCUCAGAGUGUCAACUCAGCCACAGCCUCAGGUCUUGCCCAGCAGGCUGUGCUCUUGGGCAACACAUCUUCUCCAGCCCUGACCGCAAGCCAAGCACAGAUGUAUCUCAGGGCACAGAUGCUCAUCUUCACGCCCACGGCCACCGUCGCUACUGUGCAGCCUGAGCUCGGCACUGGCUCCCCCGCCCGGCCCCCCACCCCUGCCCAGGUACAGAACCUGACCCUCCGAACACAACAGACACCAGCUGCAGCAGCCUCGGGCCCUACCUCUGCUCAGCCUGUCCUGCCCAGCUUGGCCCUGAAACCCACCCUUGGCAGUAGUCAGCCUCUGCCUACCCCAUUACAGAGCAGAAACACUGCUCAGGGUUCCCCUGCAGGUGCCAAGCCUGGCAUAACUGACAGUGCAAUGGAGCCACUCAAGAAAGGAGACGGCAACAGCCCAUUGCCAGGGAGCAUGGAGGGCCGGGCUGGACUUGGCCGGACAGUUCCUGCUGUGGCUACCCACCCGCUCAUUGCACCAGCUUAUGCUCAACUGCAACCACACCAGCUCCUCCCACAGCCAUCAUCAAAGCACCUGCAGCCCCAUUUUGUGAUCCAACCACAGCCACAGCCACAGCCACAGCAGCAACAGCCACAGCCACCGAGGCCUGCGCCCCAAGCCCAGUCCCAACUCCAGCUCACCUCAGCCCCCACAAGCCUAGCCCUACAGCCUGGCUCAGAAGCUCACACCAUGCCACUAGGCCCACCUACACCCACACUGCCACUCCAGUGUCCCACUGCCCAUCUGAACAAGACUAGUGGCAGUCAGCAGUGCCACCCUCCCACACCAGACACUGGACCUCAAAAUGGACUUCCCGAGGGCAUGUCCCAUACCUCUCAACGCAGGUUCCAGCACACCUCAGCUGUCAUCUUACAACUACAGCCUGCUUCACCAGUGCCCCAGCAAUGUGGCCCUGAUGACUGGAAAGAAGCGGAACUGGUAGAGAAGAGUGUGCCUGAGGCUCGGCCAGGCCCAUCACCACACCAGCAAUCCAUUGUCACUGCCAUGCCUGGUGGCCUGCCUAUACCCAAGAACCCUAACAUCCAGCAGUCCCCUACUCACGGUAUGAAGCUAUAAAGCAUAGCGGGGCCCUUGAGGGAGGGGACUCAGCUUCUUUUCCAUCCCUUGAUAACAUUUCACUAGGACAUCUAAAAUGGAAGGGUAAGCUACUGCAAGCCCAAUGAGGCAACAAGAAAACUGGGUAGCUGGAAGUAGGAAGAAGGGAGGAAAUGAGCCAGGGAUAAAGAAGGGGUCCUAGAAGAUAUAAGAAUAAGAGGGUAGAGAAAGAAAAGGAGAGUUGGAAGUUUUAGAUCCAGCCUCUGCAGCCACAUGCCAUUGGUGUUGGAUAUAUGUGUGUGUAUAUAUAUAUAUGCCAGCUCAGCUGAGGUAGGUAUCUAGUGUGAUUUUCACUUCACUCAG